CUACUGUGUAUAGAAUAAACGAGCAGCAGAGAUACUGGCCAGCACCGGGAAGCACCGCUGCUAUUUUGUAAUGACUUCAAAGGGAGUAUAAUCUGUGAAAACACUGAAUCACUGUGCUGUGCACCUGGAGCUAGCACAGCAUUGCAAAUCAACUCUACUUUGAUUUUCAGAAAUGUGUACUUAAUCAUUACUGUAUUCCAGCUUAUUGUAUAAAGUAUGCAGAGUAUGCUUUUCCCACAUAAUUUGGUCAGAAUUUGCAUGACAUACAGAAAUGCUGUUGCUCUAGAAUUAAUUAUCAUUUCGAAGUGUGUGUUUAAUGAUGGUUGAGGAGAUGCCCAAGGCUUUUGUGAGUUGCUUUUAAGUGAACUUUUUCUAACAGAAGUUGGGAGUGUGUCCAUCCCAUGGCGGACACUCCUGGUGGCUCCCCAGGUUGCUGUCGUUAGGCGGGUGUACCCAUGGCCCAGCAGCUGGACUCCUGUGUGAGCACAAGGAGGUCCUGCAGGUCCUCCAGCCCCAGCCCUCCGCCCCCCACCGGCAGCCAGUGACCAGCUGAUGGGAGGUCCAGCCAGACCACGGCCUGGCUCAUUCCCCCCUUCUCUGUCCAGCUUCCCUCCCUGCUCCCAAGGUUUCUCCCGGGAGCAGUUCCUGCUGGAGAAGCCCUGUCCCCGGCUCUGCCUGUCGGGCUUUGCCUGAGCACUCUCAGACGCAGAUGCCGAGAGAGGGCUGUGUCCCGUGACGCCACCUCUGUGUGUGUCAGCAGUCGGCCCGUCUUCCUUCAUCUUUCCCGUUUUUCUAAUAACUGAGCAUCUCGUGAUGCGUCUCACACUUAGGACAUUUCCUCCACAUCCGUGCUUCUGUCCCCAGCAGGUCCUGGAUGCCUCGUCCCUCAGCUUCAGCACCAGGCUGAAGUGGUUCGCCAUCUGCUUCGUGAGCGGCAUCUUCUUCUCCAUCCUCGGAACUGGAUUGCUGUGGCUUCCUGGUGGCAUAAAGCUUUUUGCAGUGUUUUAUACCUUUGGAAAUAUUGCUGCCUUAGCCAGUACGUGCUUUUUAAUGGGGCCCAUGAAGCAGCUGAAGAAAAUGUUUGAAACAACACGAUUGCUUGCAACGAUUAUUAUGCUUCUGUGUUUCGUACUUACCCUGUGUGCUGCUCUCUGGUGGCACAAGAAGGGGCUGGCCUUACUAUUCUGCAUAUUGCAGUUCCUGUCGAUGACCUGGUAUAGCCUGUCUUACAUCCCGUACGCAAGGUGAGCUGUUUGAUUC